UGUAGUGUUGUUGAGUGAGUACCAAGACUCAACUUUAGCGCCUAAUACUUUGUUCAUAAUUACUAAAAAAUUGAUAGAUCAUGAGCUUCUUACACCUUUCCCUUCUUCCUCACAGCUUUGCCAAAUUCUGGGCUGGGUCCUCUGUCGCGAUUGCCAUCGAGGCGAGAUCGAAAUUAAAGGCUAAAAAUCUUAAAAGAAGGGUAGCCUUCGAGGUCAGCAGGCAUGUUUUUAAGUCACAGUUCAGAUUGGAGUGGAUGUUGCUGGCUGCUACCUGGUUGUCACUCCAGAAAGGCGCCGCCAAUUUUAUAGCUUUAACUAUUGCAACACUUGCUUUCUUAAUAAACCAGCUUGUACUUAGUCCCAUACUUAUGGAGAGGGCUGACGCUAUAGUUCGGGGCGAGGUAAUCAAGCCAACUAAGACUCAUUCAGCGUUUAUCGGCAUUGAACUAGUAAAGUGCUUGGCUUUGCUCUAUGUUUAAAGUCCCUUUCGCAGCUGGGGUUUUAAACACCUGCCUUAAACUGUAAAUUAUUUUAAGUAAUAAAGUUAUAUUCCUUCAAAAA